AUGGCGACGCCUUCGAGCAAAAGUGCGAAAAGCGAGAUCCCAAACACAGUCCGAGUAGACUGGAAUGAUGUGGAUCUGGUGGCAAAGCUGGCCAGGAAGGGUGGUGUUACGGAGGAAAAGCGCAUUCUGAGCAAAGUGAGCGGCUUUGCGCUUCCUGGCGAGCUCCUUGCGAUCAUGGGACCGUCUGGAGCUGGCAAGACAUCCCUACUGAAUUGCUUGGCCGUGCGAACCAGUCCAACUGGCGGCAGCUUAACCUUUAAUGCGACAGAAAUUUCUACUUCUCUCAAGCGGCGCGUUGCGUACGUUCAUCAGCAGGAGAUGCUCCUGGAAUGCUACACUCCCAAAGAGCAUCUGCUCUUCCAGAGCUCUCUCAGGAUGCCGCGAGAUGUAACAAGCAGCCAGCGACGAGAGCGUGUUGCAAAAUGUAUUCACCUGUUGGGACUGGAGAAAUGCCAAAACAGCUUGAUAGGUGACAUCUACCAUGGCAUCUCGAAGAACGAAAAGCGAAGGGUCUGCUUUGCAACAGAGAUUCUGACACAACCGGCGGUUCUUUUCUGUGAUGAGCCCACUACUGGUCUGGACAGUGUCAUGGCCGAGGUUAUCGUGAAGUACAUGAAGGCCAUCGCCAUGGAAGGGCAGAAGGGCCAGAAGGUCACUGUCAUUGCAUCCAUCCAUCAGCCAUCGUCGCAGGUUUUCCGGCUUUUCGAUCGUCUCCACUUCCUUGUCGACGGAAGAACCGCUUUCUUUGGUCCGGUCAAGCAGCUGGAAGCAUACUUCUCGAGCAUCGGGUACCCAAUGCCUGAUCACACCAUGCCUGCCGAUUUUGUCAUGAAGCUGUGCAUAAAUCCACGGGAUCCAGAGGGUGCAGCAAGCCGUCGUGUUGCAAUCGGUGACGCAUGGGAGAAGCAGUGGCCCAAUGAUGAUGCUCGUGCGAAUGAUGCACCGAUCAAGAUCAUGGGCAAAGAUGCCAUCUCUGAAAGCCCAGACGAUGAUCGAGGCAGAAACUGCUUUUUGCAGCUGAUCCAGAUGACGAAGCGUGAGGUGAUCAUGAAGACACGAGCGAAAGCAGAAUUGCGAUCAUCUGUGAUCCGGACAAUUGUUCUGGGACUGAUCUUCGGCCUCACGUUCUUUCAGAUCGAGAAGACCCAAACGGCCCUGUUCGCACUGAAUGGCUGCAUUUUCUUUGUCAUGAUGAUGCAGGUGAUGAACACAUGUAUGGGUGGUGCCAUGGGCAUCCCAACGCGCCUGCCCACAUUGAUCCGUGAACACCGAAAUGGAGCGUAUUCGGUUCCCUCAAUUUACAUUAGUAAGUUCCUCGCGGACCUGCCCUUCGAUUUUGGGAUUGCACUCCUCUGGUCGACGAUGCUGUUCUGGAUGGUGGGAUUCCGAAGCUCCUUUGAGAACUUCUUCUGGUUCUUCCUGACAAUCUAUCUCCUCACUUCUGUUGCCACUGGCAUCGGCUACUUGGGCGGCUACGUUGCACCAAUCGGGGCCGUGGGAAUGCUUGUGGUGCUUCUCAAUGUCAUGCCUCAGAUGAUGAUGGGAGGCCUCUUCAUCAAUUUAGACUCCGUUCCUGUCGGGCUGGUAUGGCUGAAAGCAAUCUCGAUGUUCCGUCACAGCUUCGAGGCUUUGAUGAUCAACCAGUGGCAAGACUUCGGCGACCUCACAUGCGAUGGGCCGUGCAUCGCGCAAAACGGAGAGGAGGUCUUGGCGUGGAGCGGAAUCAAUCCAGACAGUGCCAGCUACAUGGUGUCAAUGCUGUACCUCCUGAUUCCGCUUUGCUGCUAUCACAGCUUGGCAUUCUUUCUGCUAAUGCGUCGGGCACGCCCUCGACAGUUCGAGGGUGCUGCCCCAGAAGAUGACACAAAGGGGGAGCUGCGCCGCCAAGAUGAGGAAAAGCCAAAGUUGACUGACAUUCCUCGGCCUGAGCUGUUGAUGGCUUGGCAGAAUCUGACCAUAGAUGUGCAGCGAAACGAAACUGGAAAAUCGCAGACUUGUCGGAUUCUGGAUGGCCCAAGCGGUCACCUCGAGCCGGGUCAGCUCAUGGCGAUUAUGGGGCCCUCAGGUUCUGGGAAGUCGACUUUCUUAAAAUCCAUUGCGGGCAUCGGCGAGCUGCCGUUGUUGCCAGGGUCCAGUGUGAACGUCAACGGUGGGGAAUGGACGCCGGCAAUGCGCGAUCACAGCGGGUUUCUCUUUCAAGAUGAGCAGCUCUUUGCAGGACUCACAGUCCGGGAGCACCUGCUCUUCCAAUGGCAAUUCCGCAUGGGAGUGUUCUCGAAAGCUGAAAGCCAGCAGCGGGUUGAUGCGCUGAUCACAGAGCUCGGACUGGCAAAGUGCAAGAACACACUCAUCGGCAACAUUGGAGCGGGAAUUUCAGGUGGUGAGCGGCGGCGCCUGGCCUUCGCCACAGAGCUGUUGACUGAGCCUUCGGUGCUAUUUGCUGACGAAGCCACCAGUGGUUUGGAUUCUGCCAUGGCGUACAACGUGUGCAAGAUGCUACGGGACUUCGCACGGGGUGAGGACUCCGGACGGAAGCGCGCAGUCUUCGCGACGAUUCACCAGCCGAGUGAAGAAGUGUUCAACUUGUUUGACAAGGUGCUUAUCCUGGUGGACGGUGCAGUCGUCUAUCACGGGGCGCCUUCUGAUGCCCUCGCACAUUACGAGUCGCUCGGCCUUGCUUGCCCACAUGACGAAAGCCCUGCUGACUUCUUUAUGCGAUGCGUGGCUGUAAAUGCGGGCGAAGAGGCCGCACGGGAAGAGGCCCGAGUAAACGUCAAGAAGCUCCAGGCGGCCGUACAACAGGUCGAUGCUCCCAAGGUGCCGCGAGACCAAUCAUCGGACAAGCCUUUGAAGAGCUCGUCGUUGCUUGCAUUGGGAGCACUGGUGCAACGGGAGUUCUUGUUGCGCCGCCGAAGCAAGAUUCUCUUCAAAGCGGUGAUUGCACGAACCCUUCUGAUGGCGGUUCUCUUCGGUUCGCUCUAUUGGCAAAUUCCCAACAAUCAGGCUUCCUGGCAAUCUAUCAUGGGCUUGCUUAACAUGAUGAUGAUCAACACUUUUAUGACUGCCGGCUUCGGUUUGACGCAAGAGCUGCCUCUGGCUCUGCGCCCUGCAUUCCGUGAGUCCACUGCCGGCAUGUACUCCAUCUCUGCAUGGUUUUGGUCCAAAGUGAUUGGUGAUUUCCCUGUGGAUACUGUGGCUCCCUUUGUCCUCUCCUCGGCGGUGUUCCUCAUGACAGGGAUUGGCAAGACUGGCGAGUCGUACGUCAUGUUUGUGUUGCUCUCGAUGCUAGUUUCCCACAUCGGCGCUGCAUGGGGCUAUCUUUGCAGUAUGAUCGGUGGCAGAAUUGAGUAUGCUUUCGCGACAUUUCUGCUGACAAUCUUCCCCUUCCUGACAUUCAACGGUUUCUUGAUCACCACCGAUGACAUCCCGGUAUACUUCAGGUGGAUUGAAGUCAUCGGCCCUUUCAAACCGAUCUUCUCAGAGUAUGCGUUUGCAAUCUGGGGCAGCCGUGGUGAUCUUGAAUGUCCAGCUCCCCCGUGCCUAGCGAACGGAGACGCCGUGCUGUCUUUCUUUGGCUUGCGCCGAGAAGACCAGGCCGCAAACUGGGCGGUAAUCAUUGGCUACCUCGUGGGGGCACGAUUGCUGGCAUGGAUGGUUCUGCUGCUUCGUGUGGAGAUCGCGAACAGGAGGCUUCACAACCACCAGCGGACAUCCCGACUCCGACUUUCGGUGUGGCUGCCGGAUGGCAAGCAGCAGGUGCUUCUGAAGCGGUUGCAGGGCAAACACGACGAGAAGCGGAUGCACAAGGUGGGAUCCGCGAUCUCAGAGUUUUUCAAGCUGAACCCCAGUUUCGGUCAGUACACCAUGAUGGAGAUGCAGGCCUUGACUGAGCGAGUCAUGUUCUUGAGUCAUGUUUUUUUCCCGCUGUGCUGGCGCCUGGGCAGAGUCCUCGGUUCUGUGCUCAGUGGGGUGCUGGCAUUCAUCAAGUCCAGAUGUAAAAAUGAUGGAGAUGGCUGGUGCUUCCCGGCGAACUUGUUGCUCAGGGCCUCGGGCGACUACCAUGUGGAGCAGGCUGGGGAGCUCCCUUACCAGAAUGUGAAGGUGAGCAGUGGAGCUCGCGGGUGGGGCGACCAAGGGCAUGCACGCAAGACUCAUCGUGAAGAGUGUUGCGCAGCCGCAGACAGCGCGGGUUCCCCAGGAGCGCAGCGCGGUACAAAGAUAGCCGCCCGCACCGGUGUCACAAAGCGCCCUUCGGAGUUCCUUCAGGAACUCCGCCUCGAUGGUGAUGCUGUCGUCGUUCAGCAGCAAAUCCCCUCCAUCACCGGCUAUGCGAGUGACUCACAUCUUGCCCUCGAACAAUAUGCCAGGGUACGUACGCUGACGCGGAGUGAGGCCGUCACAUUGAGCUUUCUGAGCACCACUUCUGUGCGGCCCAAGGGCAUGCUAGCCUUGGACAAGGAUAGGGAAUUCGGGGGCGACUUGUGUGAGAAGAUCAGGUUGCCACGCUUCCAGUGGAUUGCUGAAAACGUGGCCAGUGCAUUUGGAAGAGAGGAGGAGAAUCAGAUCAGAAAAGUCGAAAGCUUGAUUCAGGAAAACCUGAACUACAAAAAGCUGACCGAGUUCCUCGAAGGAAGGACAAAGCAGCAACACAUCUUCUUCUUCUACCAGCGCCCUGAUGCCACCAACGAGCACAAUGAGAUUAUAGAUGCGGACAAGGACUGCAAGUUCACCAUCACAACAGGCGAGAACGAGCGAAUCAAAAGCCUUGCAGUGUACUUCCUCAGGAACGUGCCGCAAGACCGAGCUAUCAAAACAGACGUGUUCUCGGACCAGGAGCUCCUCUUUGGUGAGGUAACCCCGAAUCCGCUGGAGAGCCUCAGCACCACCCUCGCGACGGUUUUUCAGCCGAUUGCGGCGAGACAGGAAGCCAAUUGGGGACAAUGCGACGAAGAGCAGAAGACCGACUUCCUGACGAACUUCGAGAAGUUCACGGUGGAGCUCUCGGAGUCGAUCUCGGCGCUGAGCGGCGGCAUCGUCCUGCAAAAGGACUUGCCUUCGGGCAUCUGGCUGGACCCUGCCAGCCCUCAGUACCAGGACAGGCCGAAACUGCAUCGAAGCGUCGAGAUAGCAAGACACAAGCAUCCACCAUUUAGCCGACCGAAGCGGUAUGCCGCCGCUGACAAGGCCAAAGCGGCAUCUCGGUCUCUGGUUGCUCGUGGCCGUUGUGGCCAGCUCGGAAGCAAACUCGACAGAGGAGCAGGGCUUCGCAACUACCGCAGAGGCGCCUGA